AUGGAGUCCUCGCGCCGGGGCUCGGCCACCGCCGCGGCCGACGGCGACGUCAGCGACGGCCGCCCCUCCCGCUACCUUCUGUCGCACGGAAGAACUUCACUAUGCGUGACUGGUGCAGGGUACUCGACUCUGGUGAUUAGGGACGCGCUGCAGGCACAGCUUCAGAAGGAUCGCCUUCGCCAGGAGAUCAUCGAGGCCGAGCUGGCCAAGAUAGAUCGCGCCCUUAACUGCAUGGCUGAUGUGCAACAGGGUAAACCGGUCCCCUUCGUGCUGCACCGUGGGGAUUUGGGUGCGGUCCAAGAUCCCAAGGAUAAGGAUGAAAGGAGUUGCAGUUUGGACUUGAAGCCCUGGAAACCUGUCACGGAGAGCAAACAGCAAGAGUCGAAUGAGAAACUGACGGAAAUAACCUUACCAGUAAAGCAACCAAAGUCAUCAGAGAGAUGGAGCUGUACCGUCUGCCAGGUGGAAGCAACAAGUGAGCACAACUUACAGCAGCAUUUCGCAGGGCAGCAGCACCGGUCAAAUGUGGCAAGCUUGGAAUCAAGGAACAAUGGUGGAAGGCACCAGACAACGAUUCGUGCCCUGCAGCAGGAAGAAAGCAAGAGUAUGGCAAUGAGCUAUGGGCACCUAGGAGCACCCUCUGCUUGGGGUAAACUACCUUUGAAUGGUUCUAGCAGCAAUAGCGUUGGGAGCUCGGAGAUGGCGCGGCACAUGAUUUCACUAUAUUUCUGCAAGGUCUGUAAUGUGCAGUGCAGCGAUGAGUUUAAGUUUGAGGAGCAUCGUCGGGGCAAGAAACACAGAGGGAAGGUGUGGAAGCAGAAGGUGAUGACCUUCUGCAAUGUCUGCAAGGUGCAGUGCAACAGCGAACAGAUGCUCGCCAACCAUCUUACUGGGAAGAAGCAUCAGAAAAAUGCAAGCCUAAUGGGGCUGAUUUGAAGCAGGCAGCUGGUACAAUGGAUGUGUCCAUGAUUUGAAUCAUGCUAUGGUGUUUUGCGCUCAUUUUGUGGAAUGGCUGCAACUAUAUCUUUUGUCAUUAGUACAACAUAUUUUGAUAUAUAUGUUAUAAUAUAUGU